AUGUCUUAUCCUGUUGAUUCUAUAAAGCAGGGAGGGAAGUUUUAUUUAUGUUGUUUGGCAGAUACGUGGCCGCUGCGAUUUGCAACUAUUACUCACAGGCAGUUGUACUCUCAGGAUAUUCGAAAAAUAUGUGAUGAUUUACUAGAAGUUACGACAAAUGAGUCCAGUCAGCCGGCAAAAAGAGUUUCUCUGCGUUUAAGUUCCCAGUUGCUUAGGGGCCUGGUGAGACUUUAUCAAAGAGAAGUUACUGUUCUACUAGGUUAG